AUGCUGCGGCGGAGCUGCAGCAACUGCUCCAGCCGCGGCAACGGCUUCUGCCCGCGCAGCUGUGCGUCGUCUGCACAGCCCCCGCCCGAGACCAGCCCCUGCACCGGGCUGCCGCCGCCGCCGGGCCUCGCGGCCGCAGCGGCCGCGCCGCCGGAGCGCGGCCGCGCCGUGCUGUGGCGGCCGGCGCUCAGCUCGAUUGCGCCGUCCGCCGCGGCGGCCCCGCUCGCGCGCGCGAGCGGCGUGCUCAGCGGCGCCGCGCCGGCCGGCGGCCCCGCCGCGGCGGCGCCUGCAUGGGGCGUGGGGCACUGGAGUCCAACACCGGGUGAUGCGGCUGCGGCGGCGGCUGCGGCGACUGCCCCGGGGGUUGGCGCCGGCGGAGACCUGGGGUCAACGCCGAUUGUGGCCUUGGGGCGCUGGCGGUAG